AUGCCUUCGUUAGAGUCCCUCCAACCAGAGGAAAUUGAGUUUCUCCGAUGGAGAGGUUGCUUUACCUUGCCUCCCCAACCACUCCAAGAAGCUCUCAUCAAAGCUUAUUUUCAUCAUUGUCAUUCCUUCGAACCGGUCCUCGAUCCUCAAGAAUUCUUCAAUGCCUAUAGUAAAGGCCAACUCAGUUUACUACUUCUGUGGUCAGUCUUUAUGUGCGCUGCAACUUUUGUUGAGGAGAGUCUGUUUUUGAUGAACCUCUUCCAAUAUCCUCUUACGUUCAAACGCAAUGCCUUUCAGCGAGCAAAGGUAUUCUCUCCUGGUCCCCGAUACGAUUAA